CGCACACACUUGCCUGCCGUGAAAUAAGUGUUUCCAACACUAACACAAAGCUCUGGCACGAUCGGCCCCAACUAUGGGGGUUUCGGCCCCAGGAAAGGGGAGCUGGUGGGGCGGGGGGGCCUCUCCUAACCAUGCUGUUUAGACUCUGUCCAUCCGGUCACCGAAAAGUCCCAGCCCCUUUGGAUACAAAUAGUUUCCCCAAGCUCUGGGAGUGACUGGCCCUUUUGGGGGGUAGCGUAGUGUUAGGGUUGAACAGGAAUUAAUCUGGAGUCCUUCUUUUCUUUAGCUAAUAAAGAAACCCUGCCUUUAUUCCCUCCAGGCUCCUAUGCUGCUCCAGUCACCAUAGUAGUUUUAAUAAAAUGUUGUUUGCAUUACCAGCAGAACUUUUCUUACAAGUACCCUAGAAAAUAAUAGGUGGUAUGGUGAUUUGAACCCAUGACUCUCAAAGGGUUUUAGAUUAUUUUGGUUUAGCUCUAAAUUGGUGAGGAACAGUAAAAUGAAGUAAGCUGCUCUUAAACCAAAAUAAGAGGGGUUUGCACCAGUUCAACAAGUUAUGCAAGCUUGUGUGCAGGGGAGGCCUAAGGCUCUGAGGCAGGUUUCUUACCUCUAAGGCUUUUCCAGCCAUGCAUCUUGCUACUCACGUAACUUUCCUGUAUUCCUGGCAAAAGACUCAGGUGUAUUCACAUUCCUGAUCUGUGUUUUGGUUCAAACACCUGAACGUACCACCCUGGGAGCCAAAACUGUACAGUAAAGGAAGAUGACUCUUUGAGGGACUGACUCUAUGGAGAGGAGUCCAUAACUGGUACAUGGGAGGAGAAUGAACCCUCCAAAUGGAUUUUCCCCACAUGCAGUGGCAUGUAUUACUUCGAGCACAGAGGGCAGAGUACUACAGGACCAGCAAGUGAAGAAGGCUGGUGGAGCUAUGAGGAAGGAGGCUGGUGACAGCAGGGUGCUUGCACUUGAGGACCAUCCAGACAUAGAAUCCUUUUUAAAUGACACCUUAAGGUUUCCCCCUGAUGAAAUCAAACCCAAUAUGAAGAUUAAAUCUGUCACCCCAAAGCCUCCCAGGAAACCCAGGCUGGCACGAGCAUCAUCUCUUGAUGAGAAAAGCUGGAGGAGGAGGAGAGUGUUUAGAACAAGUCAGGAAAAUCUGAUCGAUCCCAGUGAGACAAGCUCCUCCAAUGGCUCUCUCCAGGAGUCAUCCCUGAGACCUCCCACCAGGAGCAGAGUGGUACUCAAUGGUGAUCAGGGUUCUUUGCACAACUUGCAGGAUGCCUCGGAACCGAGCCCUUAUAGGAAGAACAAGGGUAGCAUUUCUGAUUCCGAGAAACAGGUAUCUGAGGUUCCCAGUGUCUCUGUGGGGCUUAUGCAGGGGAAAGAAUCUUCAGGCAGCAAACCCCGGCUGUCCAAAAUAACACCCCCUCGACCGCUGCCCCCGCUGGAACUCAGCGUGGCCUCUCACGUGCUGAGGACAGCUAAUAGGAUUGACUCCGAUUAUAUGGAUUACCAACAUUAUUCUCAGAGCAGGUUUGAAAGGUUGAGCAGCAGCCUGAGUGACACGGGUCUUCACAACAGUGGGAUGGUCUGCGAUAGCUGUUCCACAGACUCCAUGAAGUCUACGUUCAGCCUGCUCACCCCUCUUCGUGCCAAGGAUGUUCGAAACAGAAGCUAUUUGGAAGGCAGCCUUCUAGCUAGUGGUGCAUUGCUGGGAGCAGAAGAACUGAGCAGAUAUUUCCCUGAUCGGAACAUUGGAAUAUUUGUGGCCACCUGGAACAUGCAAGGCCGGAAGGAACUUCCAGAGAAUCUUGAUGACUUCUUGUUCCCAUCGGAUCCUGACUAUGCCCAGGACAUGUAUGUUAUUGGCAUUCAAGAAGGCUGUCCAGACAGAAGAGAGUGGGAGAUCCGUCUGCAGGAGACGCUGGGGCCCCAUUACGUCAUGCUGUACUCAGCUGCACAUGGAGUUCUCUACAUGUCAGUGUUCAUAAGAAGAGACCUCAUCUGGUUCUGCUCAGAGGUGGAAUACGCCACUGUGACCACUCGCAUUGUGUCUCAGAUCAAAACCAAGGGAGCCCUGGGAAUCUGCUUCACGUUCUUUGGGACUUCCUUCCUCUUCAUCACUUCCCAUUUCACAUCGGGGGAUGGUAAAGUGUAUGAGAGGAUACUGGACUACAACAAAACCAUCCAAGCACUUGCACUUCCCAAGAACGUCCCAGAUACAAAUCCCUAUCGAUCCAGCCCUUCCGAUGUCACAACUCGGUUCGACGAGGUGUUCUGGUUUGGAGACUUCAAUUUCCGACUAAACAAGGAUCGUGAGAGCGUGGAUUCAAUCCUGAACCAGCAUCUAGAAAAAGAUAUGUCCACGCUACUGCAGUAUGACCAGCUCAUUAAAGAAAUGAAUGAUGGGGCUAUUUUCAAAGGGUUCCAGGAGGCUGCCAUUCAUUUCCGUCCUUCCUAUAAGUUCGAUCUAGGGCAGGAGAGCUACGACACCACUUCCAAGCAGAGGACGCCUUCGUACACGGAUCGAGUGAUCUACAGGAGCCGUCACAAGGAUGACAUCCAUGCAGUAAAGUACUCCUCCUGUUCCGUGGUCAAAACAUCAGACCACAGGCCAGUGUACGGGCUGUUCCGGGUGAAAGUGAGGCCCGGCAGAGACAACAUCCCGCUUGCUGCAGGGCAGUUUGACAGAGAACUUUAUUUAAUGGGAAUAAAGAGACGAAUUACAAGGGAGCUUCAGAAGCGGCAGGAGAUAAAGGACCAAAAAUCCAGCAGAGUCUGUACUGUUUCCUGACCUUAAAGCCCAGCAACAAGCUUGUAAAUGGUGCCCUACGGGAGGAUUUCAGACCCAGGCAAAGAUGACUUGAUUCCAUGUCUGCAGAGGUACAGCUCAAGAGGAAGGGGGCUUGGUCUGAGCACCAGCAUGACAGCUGAUGUGGCCUGUACCAAAUGUCUUAAACUUCAGCUCUCAAGUUUCAUUUGCAUGAGCUAAUCCAAGGAACUUGAGUGCUUUUUACUGAAGAGAAAGGGAGUCAAUAUUCAGAACAGAUGCCCCUGCUUAUUCAAUCAGGUCACUUUUAGCAAAACUUCCUUCGCAAGCAGCAGGAGGCAGUUAGGUGGCGAUGUUGGCCAUACCCAAGACAAGAUGCCCCAUUGGGUGCAUUGUAUUAUGAGUGGUUACUCAAGGACAUUUUUCAAAAAGGAGACAGUUGUGGUUCCAUUUGUUCUAUUCAGUCUGUUCUGGAUACUUGCUUUGUAAGUAUCCAUUUCAGGAGGUCAUUGAUGUCAGCUGUUUAUUUCUUUAUGUGUAGCCAAAUGUACAGUAUUCUGUAAAAUACCAAAGGGGACCAACGAGAGAACCUGAGCAGUCUCUCUCCCAGCUUGAUGCUUGCUCAUAAUAGUUUUGCUGUUGUGAGCCACUGCAGCAAGAUCGGUAUGGAUGUACAGUAAUCAAGGUGCAUUUGAUAUGGCCUUUUAAUUAGUAUUUAUUUUUACUACUUUUGUUGUUGCUAAGGGUGCAUAUUAAUUUCUCAAACCAGCACAUGUCCUUGGAUAAAGUCAGACUUUCUGAACCAAUGUUCAUAUCGUAAUUUAUGGAUCCUCUGCAGUAGAGAUCCAGUUUCUACUACAGUGAGAAAUUGGCCACAAGCUGGCAGCAGCAAGAGACACUGCAGCUGAAAUCAGUGGCGUUAAUGUGUAAAAAUCUAGAAAAAAGUGAUUUACUGUAGAAGUAAAAACAGCACUAAAGAAAGCUACUUUGGGGUGGGAGAAAAAUCUGUUUUGACCUUUGGGAGCUAUUCAGAGCAAGAACCAGGAAUCAGAAGAACUCAGUUCUGUUCUUUCUCUGAUUCUCAGUUUGGAGAAGUUCGGUCUCCCCUGUGGUUGUUUCCCAGUCAGCAAAAUGUGGAGAAUCUCUCUCUCUCUAAUGGGGCUUUUUCUGGAGAUAAAGUAUUACACUGGUAAAAUGUAUGUGACAGUUAAUACUAUAAAACUUCUCAUGGGCAUACCUUGCUUGAAUCAUUAGCUAAAGUUAACACUUUUUAAACCACAUUACUACUGAAAAUACAAAGCAAAUGGUUUGGAGGAAGCUCCAUUGUAAUUAGGUAUUUGGCAAUCACCUACUUCCACAAAAAACCUUUGGAUGAAAAGAUGUAUUUUAGAACAUGAACAAUAUUGUGAUCAUUCUCAAUGCUGAGAAGAAAACCUAUGAGAAGUGCUACUGUUCAUUGGUAAUAAAUUAAUCAUCUUUUCAUGUUUUAAACAAAAAUCCUGCUCUCAGUAAUCAUGUAUCAAUCCCUCCUUGAGCAAAACUUGCAUUGUGGUAUCUGAGGGUAGAAUUGUUAUGUGUGUAGGAGAGACAAUAAGAAUUGGCUGCUUUAUGGAAGGAAUAUAAGGCUCAAUCCUGCAAGGUGCUGAGCACACCAGCCUUGAUCCAGCAAGACUGAAGUCUGUGGGACUACUCACAUGCUUAAAGUUGAACAUCUGCUUAAGUGCUUUGCUCAACUGACCUGAGCACCUUAUGGGCCUGAGUCCUUAAUGUGUCUCCCCAUCCCCUUUAAAAAAGGAAUCAGAUUUUGGUUUAAGUGAUAUUUUCAUACCGUAAACAUAUAAAGAAAAGUCCAACUUUAUCUGUGUUUUCAGCAUUUUCAUGUUAAAGCACCUGUUAGUGUAUUUUCUGUCCCACUUUCUUUUUACAAAUAAAACGAGGAGCAGAUUUUA